AAGCACAUGCAGCAUGCAUAUGGCUCGUCACCGAUUUAUCUGCUAUGCCAGCAUGCAACGGUCCGCCAUUUGCAAAACUCUCGCAGCAUGGCUAUUGCGUCCACCACGUCAUGUCCGUUUUUUGUGUUGGUCUGUCCCGUUCCGCAUCUAUCUGAGGAUGCGGAUGUCGGACAGAAUUCGAACAUAAUAAUUUGCGCUUAAUAGUACUCGUGCACAUAUGCGAAAGCGCAAGAGGACAAACCAAUGUACAGCGGGUGACGUAGUGGACGCAAUUGAUAAUUACCGAGCGAGAGUCGCAAGAACUGACUAGUGACAGCACAUUAGGACAAUCAUAUAAGAUCUCGGAGGGCAAACCGCAGAAGUCGACCCAUCUGUUAUCUGUGACAUGUCUUCUAGCAUAAUUGUCCUCUUUGUGGCUGCAGCUACAGUUUUCUUCUACACCCGUCGACGCAGUAGAUUACCACUACCCCCUGGGCCACGUCCAAAGUUCUUUACCGGAAAUUUUCAUCAACUGCCUAAGAAUGAGCCUUGGCGGAUGUAUGCCACGUGGGCUGAAAGCUAUGGACCCAUAAUCUCCUUCCGCGUGCCUAACAAGCAGUUCAUAGUGCUCAGCUCCCUGAAAUCGGCUACUGAAUUGCUCGGUUUACGCGCCACUACGUAUUCUGAUCGUCCAAGAAUAUGGAUGAUGGAACUUGCGAAGCUGAAUCUGAACGUGUUCAACAUAUCUUUCACUCACCCGUAUUUCAAGACAUAUCGCACGGUCCUCAAGAACAGCCUGAAUACCCGCACUAUACAAACCUAUCAGUCGAUACAAACUGAACAAUCUCGUGUGCUGCUUGAUGGUCUACACAAGGACCCCGAACAUUUCGCCGGUCACAUCAAGAGGAAUACAGCGGCCGUUAUCCUUUAUCUCGCAUAUGGCUGGAAGGUCAUCGACAAUGACGAUUAUUGGAUUAGGAGGCUACAAGAUGCCUUUGAAUCCAGUGCCAUUCUAUCCCAGCCUGGACGUUGGUUCGUCGAAGUGAUGCCAUCACUGCGUUUCUUACCUUCAUGGUUUCCAGGGGCAGGUUUCAAGCGCGUGGCCUUUCAGAUCGGGCAAAGGUUAGGUAGGGUUAACGGAACACCACUUAACUGGACCAAACAGCAAAUUCAAAGCGGCAAUUAUACGCAAUCCCUCGUUUCAAAGCGGCUCCUUCAGGAGGAUGGGUCCACAGUCAGCGCCCAACAAGAAGAAAUCGUCACGUGGUGCAGUCAGGAGAUAUAUGGAGCGGGAGCUGACACCAUAACAUCAUCUUUGACGUCUUUUAUUCUGGCGAUGAUGCUUUAUCCCGAGGUGCAGAAACAUGCGCAGGCAGAGAUCGAUGUCAUCGUGGGUCAGGACCAAUUUCCCGCGUUCAAGGACAGAGAAAAGCUUCCGUACAUCGGUGCGCUCAUCCAGGAGCUCCUCCGAUGGGCACCCGUGACUCCGCAAGGGCUCCCGCACCACGCAAUGAGGGAAGACGUCUACGAAGGAUACCGCAUACCCAAGGGUGCGAUCGUCAUCGCAAACAUUUUUUCCGUCUCGCGGGAUAAAGAAAUGUACUCCGACCCAUUGGAGUUUAGGCCUGAGCGCUUCCUCGGUCCCUCGCCCCAAUCGGACCCCCGCAAGUUCGUCUUUGGGUUCGGACACCGUAAAUGCCCUGGGUUGCAUCUUGCCGAAGCCUCGUUGUACCUCAAUAUCUCUUGUAUCCUUGCUGCGUUCACGAUCGCCAAACAGCUUGAUGAGAUGGGAGAAGAGAUUACACCUCCUGUAGAGUUCGAAAAUGUUGGUAUAAUCUGGCGUCCUAAACCAUUCAAGUGCAGGUUCAUCCCAAGGAACAAAGAUCUAUUGGCAACUCUCUCGUAAUAAUCAGCACAUCAACCGACCUGGGCGAAUCACGCAGCCAUGUGCACUUUUUUUUCGCGCUAGCAGCCAUGAAUCUUAUUCAAUAUCGUCAGUGUAUUAGCCUAUUGACUGGGAUAAAUGCUCGUCUAUUUCAUCCUUGUCCACUCCCGUCAUUGGCAUUUCGCUAACACUCAUUUUCGCACGACUUCUAGUCACUUUGGCAUCGUAAUGUAUGCACGGCGUGCACCGUGUAGGAAAGUGUGUAGGCAUCCCGUGCUAAAUCGACAAUCUGGAUCCGUCUGACACUUGAAAUCACCACCAAAACAUUUGACUUCACUGUUCUGCAGUGAUUAUUG